AUGUCGACGACAGUAGAUAAGAUCAAGGAUAUUGAGGCCGAGAUGGCCAAGACUCAAAAAAACAAGGCUACCUCUUUUCAUUUGGGACAGCUAAAAGCUAAACUUGCGAAACUGAAGAGAGAACUUCUUACGCCUACGUCUAGUGGUGGUGGUGGUGGAGCCGGCUUCGAUGUCGCCCGAACAGGCGUUGCAAGCGUAGGGUUCAUCGGCUUUCCAUCAGUUGGUAAAAGUACUUUGAUGAGUAAACUUACAGGACAACACUCAGAGGCUGCUGCAUAUGAGUUUACCACUUUGACAACUGUCCCCGGUCAAGUACAAUAUAAUGGCGCAAAGAUACAGAUGUUAGAUUUACCUGGUAUUAUUCAGGGUGCUAAGGAUGGUAAAGGAAGAGGAAAGCAAGUUAUAGCAGUAGCAAAGACAUGUCACUUAAUCUUCAUUGUGUUAGAUGUCAACAAGCCCUUAACCGAUAAGAAGGUUAUCGAGGCUGAGCUUGAAGGGUUUGGCAUCAGAAUCAAUAAGCAACCACCAAACAUAGUCUUUAAGAAGAAAGAUAAGGGAGGUAUAGCUAUUACCAACACCGUACCACUUACCCACAUCGAUCAGAACGAAAUAAAAGCUGUCAUGGGCGAAUAUAAAAUAUCUUCGGCCGAUAUAGCCAUUCGGUGUGAUGCUACAAUUGACGAUCUUAUUGACGUUUUAGAGGCAAAAAGUCGAUCAUAUAUUCCUGUGAUAUACGCUUUAAAUAAGAUUGAUUCCAUUUCGAUUGAGGAACUAGAUCUUCUUUACCGUAUUCCUAAUGCAUGCCCUAUAUCUUCUGAACAUGGCUGGAAUAUUGAUGAACUAAUGGAGCAGAUGUGGGACAAACUCAACCUUGUUCGAGUGUACACAAAACCAAAAGGAGUGCAACCCAACUUUGAUGAGCCUGUUGUUCUCCGUUCAUCAAAGUGUACAGUUGAAGAUUUCUGCAAUUCUAUCCACAAAACAUUAAUUGAUGGAUUCAAAGUCGCCAUAGUUUGGGGUCGUAGCGUUCGCCAUCAGGGAAUGCGUGUUGGACUGAGUCACGUGCUUGAAGACGAAGAUAUAAGUAUGAAAUUUAAUUUGAAUUCUGUGCUUGCUCAACUAAUAUCAUCUUAA